AUGUUCACGACCCGCGCCGCCCGAGAGGAAGCGUACAAGGCAGAGGUGCGAAGGACCCAUGCUCUUCUCAAGCCUAUCGAAACCGAGGCGGCUGCAAUUUUUUACCCCACCCUGUUCGAGGUGGACCCGUCGACAAAGGUGGGUGCGUGA